ACUCAUUGGAACCAUGGAUAAACGUUUCGUGACGUCACUCACGUUGUUUCUCCUUCUGGCGGAAGUGACGUCAGAAGAACCCACCCGUGACCUCAUGAACCAGUCCCAACCACUUCUGGCUCACUUCCCCGGACGAGCAGCAACUACAGUGACGGCAGGCAACGUCGCCAUCACCCAUCUCUACAGCACGACAUCAACAAUGGGAAUCAAAUGGAGCUUCCAGGGCUACGAACCAAACGGCACAAUCGAAGCCAUCUUUGUUGGCUGGGAUCUGAACUACGGGCGAUUUAUUUCCGACAAACUCCAGCUGGAGGAAGAGUUCGAAUUCACCCACCUACAAUCAGACACGGCGUAUCUGGUGUGCGUGGAAAUACUGGAACGCUUGAAUGGGAACGUGAUAUCGCACGUCCAGUGCUCCAAGCUCAGGACCAUUGCAAACAUGCGAGUCGACAGCAUCGUUGUCCUUCUGCUUGUCCUGGGUUACUUUAUCCUCAUGCCCGUUGUUGGAUGCUUGUUGUGGAGGAGGAAGUUGGUCCAGUUGGGUGGAGGGGGGUCCAGUACGCACACAGUGGGGUCCAACUACGGCCACGACAAGAAAGUGAUGAGGUGGAAGGACAUCGAGGAGAGGAUGAUGUUGAAUCCUGCUGCCGAAGCUUAACUGUAUCUCUGGAAUCAACUUCAAUUUCCUAAUUCUAUGCAACUUGUAUCGACAUCACUCCAUCACCUGUGGCAUUUUAGCAAGAUCUACAUUCAUAGCAAUCGACGUUGAUCGGACAGUGAGCAUCUUUGUUCGGGAAUCGGAGGUUUCUGGAGAUCAUCCAUCAUUUUGUAAAGAUGAUACUGCCUUAUAUGGUUUCAUGACGUCAGACGCCUCUUGUACCAUUGGUUGGUUAUGUAAACGUUGUGUUCUUUGAAGUAUGCCAAAAUGUAAUCAACUGCACGAGGUACGAACUGGAUGAUAUGUGCUACAGAUUCACAUGUAUAAUUUAAAAAAUGAAUGUAUAUCAUGUACAUAUUUACACAUGUACAUUACGGAGCACGGGUCGUCUGAACCACUAGAUUUCGCUGUGCAGAGUUGCGUCCCUUAGGCAUGCCAGGUUCCAAUGAUUGUUGGUUCAAAUCCAAAAUUUGUCCUGAGUAGAAUUAUUUCAUCAAAACGGUAAACGUUUUAGACCUGUAUACCUUUGGUGUUUAACUCAUAAAUCUGGAAAACCAAAUAAUCAUUAAGAUAUUGUUGAAAUCUGUGUUAAAUCGAACUCACAUUCUUACAAAAUGUGGAAAUUCCAUAUUUUAAAACAGGGUCUUUUCAUAGUGUAUAUGCAUAACAAGCAUACCUAUUUCCAUAUUCUUGGUAUUAUUACGAUGUCCAAACAAUGAGCAGUAUUCAGUAUCAUUUUAAAUAGGAUAAAUACCUUGAGAUGUACAGUAAUUGCCCUUUGACCUUGGUAUGCAACAUGUCGACUUUGACAAUGAUCUUUCAUUCUAAGCGUUAAUUAGAAGCAUCAAAAGCUAUUUUUAUGACAUGAACUCAAAGUUGAAUUUCAACUAUCAAAGAUAAGGUCGUCAGUCACUUAAAUAUUCACCUUAAUAAUGUGGACAGGGUCGAACCGGAUUAACCAGGUGGUGUUUGGUUUCGAAGAUGCAUCUGAUUAACACAAUUACAAACAGACUAAUAUAAACGUUGUGUACUAUAUUGAUAUUAUGACUAUUUUUAGAUGGUAUUGUUUAGAUGUGUUUGUUCUCGCUGACUCAGUGACCAUGGACGUCCAUUGAUGACAUUCGCGAUCCAUGCCUACAUUCACCUUACUAACAGUACUUCAUCGAGUUUCAGCAACAAGAAACAUAUAUUAACUUGGAGGGGUGGGUAUUUUUUAUCAUAAUGUGGUGUAAAUAAAACCAUAAAUAUAUACUUAUAUCUUUCUUUGAAUGGGGCGGUCGGGUAGCCUAGUGAUUAAAGCGUUCGCUCGUCACGCCGAAGACCCGGGUUCGAUUCCCGACAUGGGUACAAUGUGUGAAGCCCAUUUCUGGUGUCCCCCGCCGUGAUACUGCUGGAAUAUUGCUAAAAGCGGCGUAAAACCAUACUCACUCACUCUUUCUUUGAAUAAUGAGUGCUUGUGUUACAUUGACUUAAAAUGUCUUUCUACUAAUUCUAAACUUUCUACCUGUCAAUGUUUUUCUCACACAAAUGUGGUGAUUUUUGUAGUUACUUUAAUCCCGCAUCAGGUAUCCACAGUUUGAGAGCAAAGAAAAUAUGAGCUGCGGCUUUGUUGACAUUUAGGGAAUGAUCCUUCCAACACACGUGGUUUGCUGUGUACACUGUGAAGAAUGAUCAGUCUGUAAACAGUCCAUAUGUUCAAUAUCAUAAUUAUCAUAAUUUUAGUUAUCAAAAAUUCAAUAUGAAUAUAUUCCCAUCUGCUUUGAGUAAACUCACACCAGUUAGACUAAAAUUUAGUCCAAGAAAUAAAAUCUCCUUUAAAAAUAUAUAAAUAUACCUAAAGAGCAGCUGAACGGCGAAAGAUCUUGUGUGGAUAAAAGGAGUUUUGACAAGCACGAAUAUCUGGACUCUUUUAUAUAUAUUUAAUACUUAUACACCUGCAUCACUUCGGGAUUUCCUCCCACAUUAAGCUGACACGCCGCGAUAUAACUGGAAUACUGUUAAAAGCGGCGUUAAACCCAACUCACUCACUCUUCCCAAUGACCACAUGAAAUACAAUAUCGAGCAUCCUUUGUCCAACUUAACGAGGGUGACUUUGUGUACAAACACUGCGGUGAUACCGAGCUCAUGCAGAGAUUACAUUAGUUAUACAGCCUACAAAUAUAAUCGGGGCGAACCGGGAUUCGAACCCACAAUCAUAGGUUUCUGGCGUGCCCAAAGGGUCGUAACUCUGCACAGCGAAUCGCGGCGCCUUGGACGACUGGGCCACCCGUGCCCCGAGAAUAAGAACAAUAUAAGAAUAAUAGCACAGACGUCCUCCCUCGUUAUAACGCCGUGUGGCUUUUUUCACAUAACGGGUUUCUGCAGUCCAAAAUUCCCUGGUCAUAAUGUCAAUAUAACGUAAAAUUCAAAUGGAACCCAGAACAAUCCUGAAUUUUAGGCUGAGACAAUCUAGACUUGCUAGUCAUUCUAAACUUGAGUUGGACUCCAUUUAAAAUAUAUUUUCUAGGACAUGGGAGACAGACUAACAACCAGAAUUAGAAGCCUCAGGUUUAGUUUCCCGUUACAUAUAUACCUUGAACCUGGAGUUUAAGGUGGAGUAUGGAUGAUUUCAUGUAACAACAUGGCUGUACGUAUGUGUACUUAUCGUCUUCAGUUGAAAUUGUGUACAUUGGCAUAUCUGCAGUACGUUUUCAAAAGUUGGUUUUGACUUUGGUUUGGAAUGUUCCCCGAUCGCGAGAAUCCCCAAAGGCUGUUUGUACAGUGGUGCUUUUGAAACAUGUAUUUAUUUGAGACAUGUAUAUCCUGUGUACAGUAUGUCGUUCAUAUAUGCUAAUACAUUAAUUUCUUCGAAUGUUUUUCUUUGAUCGUUGCGUCGUUAUGGCUUGUACAUGAUAGUGUAUAUACAUAGAUAUGUAACAGUAUAUUGAUAUAUAUUAACGAUAUGUUUAUAUAGUUCAUGAACGGUGUUGUUAAGAAUAGGAAUGAGUAUCCUCGUAUAUUUCGUUAGAUGGCUGUUUGUAUAAUUACCCUGGAAACACGUAUUUGGACAAAUACAUGAUACAUGAAAACUGCCAGCAAAAGAAGGUAUCCACUUGAAAAUUGGUUUUGACAUAAAAAUUACAAACGUUAUCAAAACGUUACCAGGCAGAAGACAAACCCAUUCGUGACCAACUCGUGUUAUUCCGGGACAAACCGAAUAGCGAAUCGUGCCCCUCUCAUGACCAUUUUUGCGGCCGG